GAGUGUCCAUCCACCCACGACCUGCUGAACUCGCUUCGGCAGGUGGAGAGGAUGCUGGCGGUCCACGAGGCGUCGUACCAGCAGGGCCUGCGCUCGCUCAGGAAGAAGAUGAGCGCUCUGCACAACAGCACCAUGGCCAUCUUCAAGAGCGGCGCUUCCUGCCCCAAACCGGAGCCCCCCGCUCACGGCCGCAGGCUGGGCAGGGUGUUUGGCGUCGGACACGAGGUCCACUUCCUGUGCAAGCCUGGCUACGAGCUGAUUGGCCCGCGGACCAGAGUGUGUUUGGACUCUCUGCGGUGGAGCGGCCAGCAGCCGAUGUGCAGACGCUUCAACAGCACCGGAAACUCCCUGGCCUCCUUCUCUCCUGCCGCUCCUUCCUCCUCCUUCUCUGGCUCUGCUGCUCUGUCAGCAUCCUCCUCCUCCUCCUCCUCCUCAGCAUCUUCACCUCCUCCUUUCUCCUCUUUAGCGCCCACAUCCGCCUCCCCAUUCUCCUCCAUCCGUCCGUCUCACUGCACUCACUUCCUGGGCUCCACCCGCUGCACCUGUGACGUGGGCUUCACCAUCUCAGGCCGCGACAACAACAUCUGCACAGAUAUCGACGAGUGUCGUCUGUUUCCUCUCGGUCAGCCCGGUCGUCUCUGCGUCCAUCAGUGCGUAAACACUCCCGGCAGCUUCCACUGCUUCUGUCCCGCCGGCUACGACCUCUCCGGAGACGGGCGCAGCUGCACAGACAUCGACGAGUGCGAACACCGAAAUCACAACUGCACGGCGGAGCAGGUGUGCGUGAACACGUACGGAGGUUUCCAGUGUGUGAGGGUGGAGUGUCCGCACGUGAAGAACGCCACGUACAUCAAGACGUCACCGAUGUAA